AUGGCUUCAUUAGAUAAAUCUUUAGACGAUAUCAUCUCAUCAACCAGAGGUAAAAGAUUCUCCGGUAAAAAGAAGAUUGUUGGUAAAAAACAAGUCAACAAGACAACUUUAAAACCAAAAACUUUCCAAAAAUUGGCCAACAAAGCUACUGCUAGAGCCAGCACUUUAUUGGAUUCAAGUUAUGCUACUAAAGUUGUUGUUUAUGGAUUACCAAAGGAUUUAAAACAAGAUUCAAUCAAAGAAUUUUUCCAAUCUCAAGUUGGUGGUGUUUCAAACAUCGCUUGUUCAUAUAAUGAACGUGGUCAAUUCAAAGGGAUUGCUACCAUUAUUUUCAACUCCGCUAAAGCUGCCUCCAGAGCUGUUGAAAAAUAUAACGGUGCUCCAAUCGAUAAUGGAUCAAACAAAUUGAAAUUAGAAUUAAUUAUUGACCCAACUAAAAAACCUUUAAGCACCAGAAUCACCGCUAACGCUAAACCAACUAAAUCUUUAACUCAAAGAAUUAAAGCUGUUGGAGUUCCAGUUAAAAAAGCUGGUGCAAAAGGUGGUAAACCUCCAGUUAAAGGACAAGCCGUUAAAGGACAAGCCAAAGGUCCAAAACCAGCCAAAAAGAAAGCUCCAAAGAGAGAAAAGAAAACUGUUGAACAAUUAGAUCAAGAAAUGGCUGAUUAUUUCGAAAACUAG